AUGUCCGAGUUGAAACAGAAGACGGAGCUGCAGACAAUCAUGAGGCAAUGUGUGGAGGACGUGAGAAUUCGAAGAGAAAAGUUGGAGGAGAUCGCCCUGAAGAAAAACCUUAGGCCUUCAAGCGCGCGGACAGCAACAAUAGGUCCCGGGAGAGAGGGCCUGGGUACGUCAGCAUCGGCGCGCCGGCGCCCGCACAGCGCACGUCCAGCAUUAGGCUGUCGCAGACCUCUAAAAGGACCCAUGCAUUCAAGCCUCGAGGAAGAUCGGCAUUUAAGUGAGGAAGAAAGAAACCAGGUCGUGGAGGCGCUGUUGCAAAGGGAAGAAGUGUUGAAGGUCGUUGCACAGAGCGCGUUCCCUUCCCCGGAUUCGAAACAACAAUGUGACCAACGGAGAGCAGACUCGGCCGGUCGGUUGAAGCUUGGAGCGUCACGGCAAAGAGACGGCGUGGCGCAAAAUGGUGCUCACCGCGACAGCCUGCGCGCCUUAAAAAUUGGGCAAGACGCCAUUGCAUCUGCAUUCCUGUCUGGGAAAUGA